CUUCCUACAUGCAAAAGCGGAAAUAGAUCGUGUAGUACGCGCACUGCACUGACCGCACUGCAUUCUAGAACCCACAUUUCUUCAUACAUUCCAGGAGAGACGGGUUUUAGUCUAAGGACAUCAGCUGAACCAUGCCUCGUAUUGAGAAUGACAUCAAGCUUGACUUCAAGGACGUUCUGCUCCGGCCCAAGAGAAGCACUCUGAAGUCCCGCAGCGAGGUGGACCUGAUGCGCAGCUUUACUUUCAGAAAUUCAAAAGCAAGCUACCAUGGCAUUCCCAUCGUGGCAGCCAACAUGGAUACUGUGGGAACCUUUGAAAUGGCCGUGGCUCUACACCAGUUCACCCUCUUCACUGCCAUCCAUAAACACUACUCUGUUGACGACUGGAAAGAGUUUGCUGCCAAAAAUCCAGAAUGCCUUCAGAGUUUGGCGGUCAGUAGCGGUACAGGUGAGACGGACUUUGAGAAACUGACGGCCAUUUUGGCAGCAGUGCCUCAGCUGCAUUACAUCUGUGUGGACGUGGCCAAUGGCUACUCCGAGCACUUUGUGCACUUCGUCAAGGAUGUGCGAGGAAAGUUCCCCACUCACACCAUCAUGGCAGGGAACGUGGUCACUGGAGAAAUGGUGGAGGAACUUAUCCUCGCAGGUGCGGACAUCAUCAAAGUGGGCAUUGGACCAGGCUCUGUGUGCACCACACGGAAGAAGACUGGUGUGGGUUAUCCCCAGCUGAGUGCUGUGAUCGAAUGUGCAGAUGCUGCUCAUGGACUUGGAGGACAUAUUAUCUCUGAUGGCGGAUGCACCUGUCCUGGUGAUGUCUCCAAAGCUUUUGGAGCUGGGGCGGACUUUGUGAUGCUCGGCGGCAUGCUGGCCGGUCACGACGAGAGCGGAGGCGAAGUUAUCGAGAAGAACGGCAAGAAGUACAAGCUUUUCUACGGCAUGAGCUCCGACACAGCGAUGAAGAAGCAUGCAGGAGGGGUGGCAGAGUAUAGGGCGUCUGAGGGGAAGACGGUGGAGGUGACCUACAAGGGCCCCGUGGAGGCGACGGUGCGCGACGUGCUGGGCGGCGUCCGCUCCACCUGCACCUACGUGGGCGCGGGCAAGCUGAAGGAGCUCAGCCGCCGCACCACCUUCAUCCGCGUCACCCAGCAGCUCAACACCGUCUUCGGCGACAUCUAGGCCCCUCGAGGAGUCGGAGCGACAGGACGCCGCGUCCGUCACCAAGUCGUCUGUAACUGACCGGAAGUUGGUCAGUGGAGACUGGGGGACUGGUUUUGAACACCAAAGAAAGGGAGUUUAGAUAAAGACCUAAAAGUUCAGUUUUCAACCAACCACCUGUUUAUUGACAUCCAUUAUUACAUUUCUCCUCCUGACCUUCUCCUACUUUUUUUCUGGUUCGACUCACUGACAGACAAGUUAAAUGCUAAUUGUUGUCAAUAUGUUCAAGGUACUCUCGCCUGUACUGGGUUUUGUCUGGCUUCCUUUCUCCUAACUGGAGGGGUUUGAAACUUUUAGGCCUCUCACCUUUUCUCAGUUGUCACAUCUGAGACAAGAGAACUUAACUCAACCAGUCGUCAGUCUGUGCUUCUGUCUGACUUUAGACACAGCCGAAUCUUCAAAUACAGCCUUAUCUUUCCAUUUUAAGUGUUACGGUUUUUCCAAAUAGAUUAUUGACUAUGCAUAUUUCACAUAUUUAACUAGAUGUGUUAUAUUUUAUGAGAUGUCAUUGAGACUGUAAAACUCUACAGUGAUAUUGUCUUUUUAAAAAGUAUGACAUUCGGUCAGGUCGUGGUGAUCAGUCCCCUUUGUGUACAAUUCAACUGUAUUAGUCAAAAAACAAGCAAAGGUAUAUUUAUAUUUAAAAAAAAUAUUAUAAUUUACCUUUAUCCACCAAUCAUCUUUUCUGCCAAUUAUUUCCAUUUAUGAUGCAACUUAGUAAUAGAAAUGCAAACAUGGUUGUAUGAACCAUAAACAGUGCAGUGUUCUCUUUUUUUAGAGAAUUAUUUCAUGAAUGAGUAUGCUGAUGUUGUACCGCUUACUACUGACGCACAAAUGAGAUUUUAUUUCAUCUUUCUUUCUGCACUUUUGGUUUGUUAUAUUACAUUUUUACUUCAUUCCACCAGACACAUCAUUUUCACAUGUCUACAUCAGCACUCCAAUCCAUUCCAUCUGUCCACAAAUAAACAUUCCAUCAGCUGA